GAGGAAAACUAGAGCAACGGUGAAUCGGAGAUACAGCAAGCCUUUGAGUUCCAUUUCUUGCAGCGGAGAAAGGCACCCCACCUGAACCACUCGGAUAAUAGCAAAAUGAGCGCAUUUACAUAGAAUGUAAUUUGGCGUCUCCUUUCAUUUAUCCAGAGCGUUAAUGGGACAUCAAACCAUUGUAAUGUCCCCAUUACAGUAAUCACGUUUGCUAGAGAAAACAAAUAGAUUUUGCUUGUUAGCUAACCAGCUAACUGUACGUCGGUGUAACCAGCCAGUUAUAGCGGUUGCAGGAUUUAGCAACCCUUAGGUAAGGUACACAUAGGCUACAAUACAAUUGAAUGGGGGCUAGUUGCGUAAACUAGUCGUUAAUUGCGUUUGAAUAUCACAGUUUGUAGGGCUCAGACCGAAGGAUUAGGGAGCCGGGGAAACAAGGAGAAGGUGGGGCCGAAGAGAGUCAAACGGACUAAGCGCUUGCUGGCUGCCUUGGUCCUCAUCUGAAGCAUUCACGGACGGUUCGGGGAAAAAUAUUACGCCCAUUGGAAUUUUGGAAACAUUCGGAACGAUUGCUUGGAGAUACCUUUCGUCGCCGACGGGAAGAUCCGAAGUUGCUGCAUCAGACAUUUUUUAAUUGUGAUCGGUGUCUUGCUCUGAUACAGUCAACCGUUGUGCGCGGAUUUGGGGGAAUAAUUUCCCCAGUCUUGUUGGACCAUGGCCGACGACGACGUUCUGUUUGAAGAUGUGUACGAGCUGUGCGAGGUCAUUGGAAAGGGCCCCUUCAGUGUGGUGCGGCGAUGUAUCAACAGAGAGACGGGCCAGCAGUUUGCCGUGAAGAUCGUGGACGUGGCAAAGUUCACCUCCAGCCCAGGACUCAGCACAGAAGAUCUCAAAAGGGAAGCCAGUAUUUGUCACAUGCUCAAGCAUCCUCAUAUUGUGGAGCUGCUGGAGACUUACAGUUCUGAUGGAAUGCUCUACAUGGUCUUCGAGUUCAUGGAUGGAGCAGACCUGUGUUUCGAAAUCGUCAAGAGAGCAGAUGCCGGAUUUGUGUACAGCGAAGCAGUUGCCAGUCACUAUAUGAGGCAGAUCCUGGAGGCCCUGCGCUAUUGCCAUGACAACAACGUCAUCCAUCGAGAUGUAAAGCCCCACUGUGUGUUACUGGCAUCGAAGGAGAACUCGGCCCCAGUUAAGCUGGGAGGAUUCGGGGUGGCCAUACAGCUUGGAGAGUCCGGACUGGUGGCUGGAGGGCGAGUGGGCACUCCACACUUCAUGGCCCCUGAGGUGGUGAAACGAGAGCCGUACGGCAAGCCGGUGGACGUGUGGGGCUGCGGUGUCAUCCUUUUCAUCCUACUCAGCGGAUGUCUGCCCUUCUAUGGCACCAAGGAGCGGCUCUUCGAAGGGAUCAUUAAAGGGAGAUACAAGGUAAUGAACCCGCGCCAGUGGAGCCACAUCUCUGAGAGCGCCAAAGAUCUGGUCCGCCGCAUGCUGAUGCUGGACCCCGCCGAGAGGAUCACCGUCUACGAGGCCCUCAACCACCCCUGGCUGAAGGAGAGGGACCGUUAUGCCUACAAGAUCCACCUUCCUGAGACAGUCGAGCAGCUGAGGAAGUUCAAUGCCAGGAGGAAGCUCAAGGGAGCCGUGCUGGCAGCUGUGUCCAGCCACAAAUUCAACUCCUUCUAUGGGGACCCACCAGAGGAGCUGCCGGACUUCUCUGAAGACCCCACUUCCUCAGGAGCCGUGUCCCAGGUGCUGGACAGUCUGGAGGAGAUCCACGCCCUGACGGACUGCAGUGAGAAAGACCUGGACUUCCUACACAGCGUCUUCCAGGACCAGCACCUACACACACUACUGGAUCUGUACGACAAAAUCAACACCAAGUCAUCUCCACAGAUCAGGAACCCACCGAGUGACGCAGUCCAGAGAGCCAAAGAGUCCCCUGAAGACGAAGCUGGCACGGCUUUGACGCGUCUGGAAUGUGUACUGGAAGAGAUCUCCUGCUACCCCGAGAAUGGCGACGCCAAGGAGCUGAGGCGGAUCCUUACCCAGCCCCAUUUUAUGGCCCUUCUGCAGACCCAUGACGUGGUUGCCCACGAGGUGUACAGUGACGAGGCCCUGAGGGUGACCCCUCCCCCCACCUCGCCCUACCUGAACGGGGACUCCCCCGAGAGCACCAACGGGGACAUGGACCUGGAAAACGUCACGCGCGUCCGCCUCGUGCAGUUCCAGAAGAACACCGACGAGCCCAUGGGCAUUACGCUGAAAAUGAAUGACCUCAACCACUGCAUCGUGGCACGGAUAAUGCACGGAGGAAUGAUCCACAGACAAGGAACGUUGCACGUGGGAGACGAGAUUCGGGAAAUCAACGGUAUCAGUGUGGCCAACCAGACUGUAGAACAGCUCCAGAAGAUGUUGAGGGAGAUGAGAGGAAGCAUCACCUUUAAGAUUGUGCCAAGCUAUCGCACACAGUCCUCGUCCUGCGAGAGAGAGUCCCCCUCCACCUCACGCCAGUCCCCAGCCAAUGGCCACGCCAGCCUAAACAGUUCUAUUUUGGACCUGCCGACAACCAUCCAGGCCAAAGGACGCCAGAUGGCCAUUGCCCGACCCAGUCCCCCUGCGAUCAAGGAAAAAAUGUCCGUCAAGAUCUACGUGCGGGCGCAGUUCGAGUACGACCCGUCCAAGGAUGAGCUGAUCCCCUGCAAGGAGGCCGGCAUCCGCUUCCGGGUGGGCGACAUCAUCCAGAUCAUCAGCAAGGACGACCACAACUGGUGGCAGGGCCGCCUGGAGAACACCAAGAACGGCACGGCCGGACUCAUCCCCUCGCCAGAGCUGCAGGAGUGGCGAGUGGCGUGUAUAGCGAUGGAAAAAACCAAGCAGGAGCAGCAAGCCAGCUGCACCUGGUUCGGCAAGAAGAAGAAGCAGUACAAGGACAAGUACUUAACAAAGCACAACGCAGUAUUUGAUCAACUAGAUCUCGUCACAUACGAAGAGGUGGUGAAGCUGCCCGCCUUCAAGAGGAAAACGCUAGUCCUGUUAGGUGCCCAUGGCGUUGGCAGGCGACACAUUAAAAACACACUCAUCACCAAACACCCCGACAGAUUCGCCUACCCUAUUCCACACACAACCAGACCUCCAAAGAAGGACGAGGAGAACGGCAAGAACUACUACUUCGUAUCGCACGACCAAAUGAUGCAGGACAUCUCCAACAAUGAGUACCUAGAGUACGGCAGCCACGAGGAUGCCAUGUACGGCACGCGCCUGGAGACGAUACGCAAGAUCCACGAGCAGGGCCUGAUCGCCAUACUGGACGUAGAGCCCCAGGCCUUGAAGGUCCUGCGCACAGCGGAGUUUGCUCCUUACGUGGUCUUCAUCGCCGCCCCAACCAUCACACCGGGCAUGAACGAGGAUGAGUCGCUGCAGCGGCUGCAGAAGGAGUCGGAGAUCCUCCAGAAGACGUACGCGCACUACUUCGACCUGACCAUCAUCAACAACGAGAUCGACGAGACCAUCCGGCACCUGGAGGAGGCCAUCGACCUAGUCUCCACCACCGGCCAAUGGGUGCCCGUCUCCUGGGUCUACUAGAAGAAAAGCACACCAAUCACAACACACCUACAUCUACACUGACGCUGAUGCAAACAUGCUCAUGUACACAUAGAUACUGACGUAUACGCGUUACUACACACAUAACGUUUCCCCCAGUGACCUAAAAAUCUUAUCCUUCAUCCCCUUGAGUACCAGUGCCCCUCUUCUUCCUCCUCCUCCUCCUCUUCCUCCUCCUCCUCUCCCCCUUUCUCUCUACCCCCUCCCUCUCUCCUCCAACCUCGCCCCCUUCUUUGCAAUGCAUCUCUUCAACUCUUCAUCAUUCCCUGGAGUUUAAAAAAAAAGAAAAGAAGAAAAAGAAAAAAAACGUACCUCUGAUGCUCAAAGACCACCUCGGUGUACAUGACCUACAGUCAAACGUCUCGGCCCCCCUUCUACAGACUACCUAGACGUAGUGUUGUAUUUAAAAAAAAGAGAUGAAAAAGCGCAUAAAAAAAAUAAAUAAUUGAAUUUAAAUAUUGUCAUGUCCUUAUAGCUAGGAGGCAACAUUUUGUAGACUUUUAUUUUAAAGAGACAGUAUCUGACCUGACAACCCCCCCCCCCACCCUUCCUUCCUCUUCCUGUUUUGGCUCCCUGUUUGAACUUUAUGUCCCCAUGUGGCAAAGACAUCAUGGUAAGGUGUGUGUGUGUGUGUGUGUAGUCUGUAGUGUUUUGUUCUUAUUACUUUUUGUGUUCACUCUGCAAUCAAAAGUAAAAGGGUUUUUUAUUUUUAAAAGCCUGUCUGUGUUACCGAAUGCCGGCGGUUUCGAGCACUACUCUGUAAAAAUGAGGAAAAGCACACAAACGGACCACGGCGUUGUUGUUACCGCUUCCCCCUCCUCCCCCCGCCCUGCCUUGACCUCCAUGCACACACCUCCGCCACCAAGCUCAUCAUUGGCAAACGCCACCCCACUCUCUCUCUCUCUCUCUCUCUCACACACACACACAGACACACACACACACACACACACACACACACACGCACACACACACGCGCACACACACACACACACACAGCCUACCUUGCAUUCGUCCAAGGCCUCCGUCAAUCCUCUGGAGCCUUGCCCAUAGCACACUGCGUCUACAAGCAAGUCCCCAAAUGACCUCUGCUGCCUUAUGGUACUUCAUCAAAGACACGCACACGCACACACACACACACACACACACACACGCACACACACACACACACGCACACGCACACGCACACGCACACGCACACACACACACACACACACACGUUUGCUCGACGUCAGUACAAGACCCUGUGUGUGUGUGUUCCAGCAGCAGUCUACACAGUGCUCCUUCCAAGCCCUAAGAUACUGUCUCUCUAAAUGAAUACAUAAAUGUGUUAGAGAUUUGAAUGAGGUCUUCUGCAUGUGAACAUUCGCAACAAGCUUCCAUGCUCUCUUUCUGUUCCUCUCUAUCUCUCUUUCUCUCCUCUCUCUCGCUCUCUCUCUCUCACUCUUCUUUUUCCUCACUUAAAUCUCUCUUUCUCUCCAACUCCCCCAUCUCUCUCUCUCUCUCUCUCUCUCUCUCUCUCUCUCUCUCUCUCUCUCUCUCUCUCUCUCUCUCUCUCUCUCAGUGUUAGCUGUCCAUCCGCUGUCAGUCAGAGCAGAGAACAUUCCAUUCGUCUGACUUUAAAAAAAUUAAACAGACUAAUCAAGGGAAGCCGGACAAGAAAUGAACGACAGAAAAGAAGAAAAAUAAUGGAAGAGUGAAAGGUGACAAAAAAUAAUUUAAAAUCAUGAAAAAAGUGACAAGAAAAAAAAGACACCUAUGCACAUCCCAUGCAUUUCGGGGCGACUUUCUGAACCGAAUGAUUUUUAUCAACCAUGUAGUGAGAUGUGUUUGUAAAUUGUCUCAAUUUGAUUUAUUGUAAGGUACAUAAGGGGGAUAAAAAAAAAUAAUACUAACUCUAUUCCAGAUUUGCCAUUUCAAGUGAGGAAAAGCAGUUGUUGUCUGAGAGUAUUAUUGUUCUAAUUAAGUUGAAAUCAAAGGUAAAUAAUGCUGAUUUUUAUUCUCUGUGUCAUUGUUUCAAAAAAAGAGGUGCACAACGUUUUGCAAAAAAGAGGAGAGAGAAAGAGUGAAUUAAGUUGCAAAACACAAGAAAAUAAAAAAAGUUGUUUGUGCAUCCAAAUAAUAACCAUGUAUAUGAUAAACUGUUUACUUUCAAACUGCCCUGUGUAAAUUCCUCUGCUGACGACAUAGCAGUUCUUCAGUAUGAACAGUUUUUUAAAUAUAUUUCCUUUUAUGUGUUGAAAAUCUCUGUGAAUGGUGUCUUUCUGUGUCUCCUGGUGUCUCUGUUUAUUCUUCAACUGGCCUGGUUUGCUUUUCGUGCUCUGGUAUGAGGUGCCGUGUGGGCCAAAGGCUUCCUUUCCCCCUUGCAAAGAGGGAGCUGGCACCGGCAGGGAAGCCUACAUGUCAGUUGCCCCAGGCCCAGGUAGAGAGGGGGCCCAUUCAUUCCAUUAAAUGUAUUGACGGGCGGGCGACCCUUUCAGAGGAUUUUGUCCUGGGCCCAGUCAAAAUUGUCAGCUGCCCUGGGUACCGGUACUCUGAAUGGAAACACUUCAGCCUUCUCCUCCUCCUCUCCCUUCAUUUGGCUUUUUUCAGGCCAUUUGUAUCUGU